AAUGGAUGUCAAGAAGGACAAUCAAGAAAAAACGACUCAUUCAAGUACAUCUUCUGUACAAAGCAAUUAUUUUGACUGGGACAAGUAUUUGAAAGAGACUGGUUCUGUAAGUGCUCCUUCAGAAUACUUCAGACAGUCUCAGACUCCACCAACUAAUGAAUUCCAAGUUGGUAUGAAAUUGGAAGCCCGUGACCCUCGCAAUAUUGGUUCAGUGUGUGUUGCUUCUGUUAUUGCAACUACUGGGGCCAGAUUACGUUUACGACUGGAUGGUAGUGACAAUAAGAAUGAUUUUUGGAGACUUGUUGAUUCAUCAGACAUACAGCCUGUUGGGACAUGUGAACAGGAAGGAGAUUUACUUCAACCUCCACUAGGGUACAGAAUGAAUGUUUCAUCUUGGCCCAUGUUCUUACUACGGACACUUACUGGAUCUGAACUGGCACCUGCAGUGUUCUUUAAGAAGGAACCACCACCACCACCCCUAAAUAAUUUUAAAGUGGGGAUGAAGAUUGAAGCUGUUGAUAGAAAAAACCCAUUUCUGAUCUGUCCUGCCACAAUUGGAGGUGUCAAAGGAGAUCAAAUUCAUAUUACUUUUGAUGGAUGGAGUGGAACAUUUGAUUAUUGGUGCAAAUAUGACUCCCGGGAUAUCUUCCCUGUUGGAUGGUGUUGUCUCACAGGAGAUGUAUUGCAGCCACCAGGAAGUAUUGCUGAAAAGAAACCGAAGAGCAGAGGAGCGACUAGACCUUGGAAAGAUGGAGCCACAGCUUUGGAAAGUGAAGAAGCAGCAGCCCCAGAAGCUGCAGAAAAAUCCAAGGCCAGUGUAUUCACCAACCCUUUUGAGGAUGAAGACAGACCUGUGAAAGGUGACCAAACAGCCCCAGGUUUGAGAAAACCCAAGGGCAGAGGAUUCACCAAACCUGGGAAAGAUGUAGCCAGACCUGGAAAAGAUAACCAAGCAGCUCCAGUUCUGAAAAAACCCAAGGGUAGAGGAUUCACCAAAUCUUGGGAAGAUGUCCAAACAGCCCCAGCUGGGAAAAAACCCAGGGGCAGAGGACUCCCCAAACCUUGGGAAUAUGAAGCCAGACCAGGGAAAGAUGUCCGAAUAGCUCCAGCUGAAAAGACUCACAAAGGAAAAGCAGCCACCAAAACAUGGAAAGACCAAGCUGGUGUGUUUGAAGAUGCAGCAGGCCCAGCUGAGAAAAAACGCAAACGAAAAACAGUCACCAAACCAUGGGAAGUCAGCCUUUUAGAAGAUGAAGAAACAGGCCCAGUCUUGGUUUUUCAUUCCAUGAUCCAUAAAGCUGAGAAAAAACGCAAGGGAAAAACAGUCACCAAAACAUGGAAAGACAUAGCCAGCCUUUUUGAAGAUGAAGAAGCAGGCACAGCUGAGAAAAAACGCAAGGGCAAAACAGUCUCCAAAUCAUGGAAAGAACAAACCGGCUUUUUUGAAGAUGCAGCAGGCCCAGCUGAGAAAAAACGCAAGGGCAAAACAGUCACCAAACAAUGGAAAGGCCAAGUUGGACUUUUUGAAGUUGCAGAAGCAGGCCCAGCUGAGAAAAGACGCAAGGGAAAGACAGUAACCAAAUCACGGAAAGAUCAAGCUGGAGUUUUUGAAGAUGAAGAAGCACGCCCAGCUGAGAAAAAACGCAAGGGCAAAACAGUCGCCAAACCAUGGAAAUGCCUCUCCGGGCUUUUUGAAGAUGAAGAAGCAGGCCCAGCUGAGAAAAAACGCAAGGGUAAGACAGUCACCAAACCUUGGAAACACCAAGGCAGACUUUUUGAAGAUGAAGAAGAAGCCCAAGCUGAGCAAAAACGUAAGCGCAAAAGAGUCAGCAAGUUUUGGAAAGAGCAAGCCAAACUUUUAGAAGAUGAAGAAGCAAUUCCAGCUCUUUUCUCAGCUCUUUCAAUGAAAAGUACAGAGAACACACCACCUUCCUCUGCUGAACAGACAAAAUCUUCCACCUCUGAGAAAACUAAGUCUUCUACCUCCAAAGGGGCUCAAUCUUCAAAGAAGUCUCCACGGAAAACAACUGUUGUACCACCAGUGCCAAAGACCAGCAAGAAAUCAGGACAAAUUAAGCCCACUGGAGAUACUUCCACUACUAAGAAAGGCAUUACUAUUAAAAUUGUCUUACCAAAGAAUAAAGGUGGAAAGAAUAAAGGUGGAAAAAAGGAAAAAUGUAUUCCAGUUGUGUCUUCUACAUCUUCAGCUUCUCUCAGUUCACUGAUGAGAAGCUCUUCAUCUAAUAAGUCUUCUGUGGGGCCAUCUAAAAUAGUAAUGUCUACAGUCUGUGUCUAUAUAAAUAAACAUGGAGAUUGUGGCCCCUACCUGGAUCCACAGAAAGUUCUGCAGCUGCCUGACCACUUUGGCCCAGGCCCUGUGAAUGUGAUUCUCCAGCGGACUGUGCAGGCCUGUGUUGAUUGUGCCAUUGAUACCAAGACUGUGUUUUUAUUUCUUAAGCCAGAUAAUCGAGGAGGAGAAAUAAUAACUGCCUUCUUUGAUGGGAAAGUUCAUACUGUUCAGCUCCCUCCAGUGAAUAGUGCAUCAUUUGCACUUCGCUUUCUUGAAAAUUUCUGCCACAGCCUUCAGUGUGAUAAGUUUUUGAGUAGCCAGCCGUUCAAACCUAAGGCUCGUAUUCAUACCCCUACUGCAGACCUUGAUCAAAACAAACCAGGAAAUUGAUGGAAAAGCUCUGCUACUACUGAAGAGUGAGCUGAUGAUGAAGUAUAUGGGGCUGAAACUAGGACCAGCAUUAAAACUAUGUUACUACAUUGAAAAACUAAAAGAAGUAAAAUAUAAUUGAAAAUGUGCAAAUUUAGAUUAUAGACAGUUCUCGGGUAUACUGAAAACAUUUUACUUUAAAUUUCCUUCUCAUCUGUUUUUAUUUUAUUAAAGGUUUUUAUAAAAUGUUUUAUCAAAAUUGUAGUACAAUUACAUUGAUACUAUACUCUUAUCCUCAAACACCAUUGAAUAUGUUUUAUUAGCAUACUUAUAACUGGCAAUUUAUUAUUUAUAUCUUUAUUUUUAUUGUGUUUACAAGUGUACUUCAUGUAGCAAACAGAGGAAAACUUUUUAUUUGGAUUAAUCUUUAUAUUUAGAACCAAAUAGUUAAACCCCAAUGGGGACAAUACCAGCUUAACCUCUAAUAUAAAAGCAUGAGAAUUUUUCCUCAAAAGAGAAUUUAAAGAUGCACUUAAGCUCUCAUCUCCUUCCCAAUUAUUUUAUGUCUGAUUUUACAGUGUUCUGUUCAUGAUAUACUACUACUAGAAAGGGAAGAGCCAUAUAAGUUAUUUUCCUUUCUGUUGGUGCCCUAGGUGGUGUAUUUGUUCACAAAAAGGGGAAACUGCAAGUCUAUAAGCUUGCUUAAAGUGUUCUUACUAGUCUUUGAUAUUUUUAAACUGUAUGAUAGAUUAAAGUGAAUAAUUUUGUGCAGGAGAUGUUUAUUCUACCGGAGUUAUUUGGAAGGAUUGGAUAAACUUUAUACCAAUUUUACAAUUUUCUAUAAUUUUUCUAUGCUCAAACAUUAAACAUUCAAUUUUGACAUCUCUAAGAUAUUUGUGUCGAUUUUAAAAAUGUGUUUAUUUUGUGUAUAUUCUUAUACAGAUACUUUAGCAUAUUUAUAUACUAUUCUAUAUCUGUGAGAAUAUACAAGUGAUCUUUUCACUUAUUAUGGCACUUUACACUGCCACAGAGGUAAUAACUAUUUAUAGAUGUUUAUUCCAUUAAAAAUAUGCACAUCAUUUUACUAUCACCAGUACCUCUCAGCUUGUUAUUCGGGUGAUAAGAAACUCUACAUAGAUUGGCUCCCACACAGGGAAGCCCUUUAUCCUAUGCAAUACUUCUAAUUAAUUUACUUAGUUCUGAGCCAUCAACUCUACUACAUUUUAAAAGAUAAAUUAAUUCUGGCAUUGGGGCUUCAUUUUUAUAAAUGAGAGCUUUCAAAGGAAAAUGGUUCUGCAUGCAAUUACUUUAUAUAGUGGUAUAAUGCAUAUAAGCUGUAAAUCAGUUAUACAUGUAUUAGCCAUUUGUUCUAAAUGUCAACAAAAUUUUUACCAGGACAAGAAUGUACAUUUUCUCUUUCGAAUACCAAAUGUGUUUUAUAUAACAGUGCAAAUGUAUAAAAGAUUACUUCACCUAUGUCAUUUCUGAUACAACAUCUUACUUAAACUUGUUCUUCUUGCAAAUUGUUUGUAUGAAGAUGCUAUGUCCAGUUGAACGGUCCUCAGGUGUUUAUAAUACUAUGUCUUAUAAUCUUCGGAUUUAAAGAAUAUAAUAAACUUAAACAAC